AUUGAAUUGCUAUUAUAAGUGCAUGGACUCAUUUUUCCACUUUACCUUACCUACCCUAGUGCAACCUCUUCAAUUUAUCCGUGCACAUAUGCCAUAAAUAUAAUGUUCCCCUCCUCUUCAAGAGAUUCAGAACUUCUCACCACUUCGCAGUCAGGGCACCAAAAACUAUCUCAUGUGUUGAGGCACCAACUCAAAAGGAAAUUGUAAAGAAAGCAUUGAUUUUUCUCUCUCCCUGCCUCUCUCUCUCUCUCCCUCUCUCUCUCUCUCUCUUGCAUGAGUCAAGCCCAACUAUAAAAAGGCAUCCUCAAUUUACGGCAGGGUCUCCCAAAUUGAUCAGUUUUCAGCUCCUGAAGUCUUCAGAGACUCCUUGGGAAACGAGUUCUCAGCCCUCCCAGACACAACCCCUCCAAAAAAAAGAAGACCCAAAAGGUGAAAAAGAAGAGAGAGACAGAGAAGGACAAGAACAGAGCAUGGAGAUCGAGAUGGUGAAGUGCGAGUGCUGCGGGCUGAAGGAGGAAUGCACCCAAGACUACAUAUCCCAAGUGAAGUCCAAGUUCGAAGGCAAAUGGCUCUGCGGGUUGUGCUCGGAGGCCGUGAGGGACGAAGUGAGCAGAGCCAACAGCAGCAACAAGACGCCAUGCGGGGUUGACGAAGCCGUGAGAGCCCACAUGUCCUUCUGCAGAAAGUACAAGUCGAGCCCCGCGUUCAGGGUCGCCGAUGGGAUGAGGCAGAUGCUGAGGAGGAGGUCCGGCGAUCUGUCGUCUUCUUCAUCUUCUUCAUCAUCAUCUUCCUCUUCUUCUUCUUCAUCUUCUAAGAAGUACUCGAGAUCAACCAGCACUUCACAAGUUGGUGAUGAAUCGCCGUACUCACUGUACUGAAUGGGGGAAGCAGAGGAAAGUCUAGCUCUAUUCCUGUUCUUUGGUUUGGCUUUCUUGAAAAUCCAACCAAAAAGGAACCUCAAAAAAAAAAAAAAAAAAAGGAGGAGAAAAGUUUUCAUCUUUUGUCUUGUACAGGGGAUGUUGAAUUCAGUGGAGGCUUCUUCUGAGCCCUGGGAAUUUUGGCUGCUUCUUUCUUUACCCAAGUGUUCAUGGGAUGUGAUUUGCUCCUA